UGGGAGUUGUAGUUCUUUUGUUUCGCUAGGCGAAGCCUGUAAAGGCUUGUAGUUGGAGGCUGUUAGCGGCGUUUUUGCUUGAUCGCUGGUGCCGGCAUCAUGUCUCGUGUGUUGGUGCCCUGUCAUGUGAAAAGCACCGUAGCCCUGCAAGUGGGUGACAUGAGGACCUCCCAAGGUCGGCCUGGCGUGCUGGUCGUCGAUAUCACCUUUCCCAACGUCGCGCCUUUCGAGUUGCAGGAGAUCUCGUUUAAGAAUUACUACACAGCUUUCUUGAGCAUCCGUGUUCGUCAACAGACCCCACUGCACACACCAUCCAAGUGGGUAACUUGCCUGCGGGACUACUGUUUGAUGCCUGACCCACACAGUGAGGAGGGAGCCCAGGAGUAUGUAUCACUGUUCAAACACCAGAUGCUGUGUGACAUGACCAGAGUACUGGAGCUGCGUCUGAUUCUGCGGCAGCCGUCACCACUAUGGCUGUCUUUCACAGUGGAGGAAUUGCAAAUCUACCAACAGGGACCAAAGAGCCCCUCCUUGACUUUCCCCAAGUGGCUUUCCCACCCAGUGUCCAAUGAGCAGCCUGCUCCCCGCCUUGAGGGUCUCCCAGAUCCCAGCAGAGUAUCCUCCGAGGUGCAGCAGAUGUGGGCACUGACAGAGAUGAUUCGGGCUAGUCACAGUUCUACAAGGAUCGGCCGCUUUGAUGUGGAUGGCUGCUAUGAUCUGAAUUUGCUUUCCUACACGUGAGCGGCAGCUUCUACUUGAGACGUUGGCCUUCUGUACCCAUCCAGGACUGAUUUGGCCACCAGAGACUAAAGUGUGUUCCCUGCGCAUCCAAGUUCUGUCUGCGCCAAAGAAAUUCACCUGGCUGUUUUAGCAUGAAUUCCCAGUGGAGGGUACUUUCUGUCUUUGUCUGACAUGCAAAUUCAGUCUCUUCCUCUCAACAUUUACAGGUUCUACUUAGAAUCCUUGAGUUCUUCCUGCCUUCCUGCCUAUCCUGCCAAUGUGCACACCCUGUCUCCUACCAUUUUCCUUAUUAUUGAGAUAAACCUGUUCCCUGUAGCCUAGGAAGGCCACUGCUGUUUUGACACUUAGGACCUGGAAAGCUCGAAGAAGAGAUGCCCCCUACUCACUCCUCUGCUUCUGCUGGUGGCCUUUUUCCUUUUGUAUUAUAUCCACAGAAAAGGAAUGUCCCACAGCCCUGCACACACCUUUAACCUCAGCACUUGUGAGUUCAAGGCCAGCCUGGUCUACACAAUCCCAGGCUAGUGAGGGCUACACAGUAAAACCUUGUCUUUGUGGCACGGGGGAUGAAAAGAAAAAGAAAAUGCCCCUCUUUAAAUCUGUCUUUUGCCAGUCUAUACCAGCCUAGCAGGCAAAGCUGGGAUUUGGAUGCUGAAAUAUGUGUUGUCUGUCAGUUCUGGGCAGGUGCUUUUGGUACAGCUGGGGCCUGACAAUGAGACCUCCAAUCUAUUUGUCCUGCGUCUCAGCAUGAAGCAUAUCUACGACCCUUCUCCCAGUUGCUUCUUGUCAGUCAUGCUCAGGACGAUGAGAGAUGAACCCUGGGGGUAGUGUGUGCCGACGGAAGGUUUCACAGAUGCUGACCUGUAAAUGACGAAGGCUGCUGCUCUUUCCUGAGCAAAAAUUCAGUUUCCCUCCAGGUCUCCCUGACGUUGAUCUGGGAACGGUUAUAAAGCAGUGCUGCAAGGUGUCCUGGACCUGGAAAAUUGAACAUGUGUGUGUGCAGCAGUUUUGGGGAAGGUCUAGCCACCUUUGGUAGCUACCCUGUAUUCUUGCCAAUCAUCCUUCUUGAAGUUAGUGUUUUUACCUGCAAAAUCAUUGUUUAAACCCAUCCAGUUUUUGGUGAAAGGGUGAUCACCAUAGUCCUGUGUUCAGGGAGCAAUGGUCUUCAGUUUGCAUGAGUAAAGAGGAUUUGGGGUGGCAGGGAUCAUGCAUAAUUCAUAGCUGUAUUCCUAAGAUCCAGCCCUGGAACUAGUGUGCGGCAAGACAAAUAAAUACUUGUGGAAUAUG